AUGUUCAAACUCACCACCAUCUGCGCCAGCGUGGCGCUCCUUGCUACAACCGUCGUAGCGGCAGAAGAUGACAUCUCCUUCUCAGCGUGCGGGCUAAUUGGUUCAUACUACCCUCCUCCGCACAUUCUGAAGCCAUCCAAGACUUUCUCAAGUAUCAAUACCACAUUCACUCAAGUAUUUGACAAUUUGAUCCAAGAUGGAGGGAGUGAGAAGUAUGGCAACAUCUCAACCAACAGCACAUCCUUUUCAGUGAUGAUUUUCAGUGGAGCAGCUGAUCUUCGUGACGAUCCUACACUGUUUGAGUACCACUACACUUCACCAAUGGACUUUCAGGAGACUGGAGGCAAUCUCACCUCCAACUCUGUAUUCCCUGUGGGCGACUUGACCAUGGUGUUCACCGUUUAUGCAUGGCUUGUAAAGAUGGGCGAGACUUGGGAUACUCCCAUCACCAAAUUUCUCCCUGAGCUGAAGACGUUCAAUUCGUCUUCCAUUGCCUCGUGGGAUGACAUAACCAUCGGAUCUCUGGCUGGCCAAGUUUCAGGACUGACUCGAACGUACUUUGUGCUUGGGCUAAGCAAAGAGCCAUUUUUGUUCCGCAGUGACACAACCCCGAUCGUAUCAUACACUGCUUACCAACUCCUAGCAUUUGCCAUGGAAAAGAGAUCUCAAGGCCAUAGCUUCUCAAGUGUCUUGAGAGAAGCCGUCUUUGAACCCCUCGGCAUGACAUACAGCGGUCUUCUCGGCGAUAAGUCUAACAACCAAGACAUCUUCGCCAUCGGAGGGCUUAACAUGUCACAAACAGGCGAACCUGGCGCCAUUUCACUCGUCAGCUCCAUCUCUGAUCUCGUCCGUGCCGGCUACGCCAUGCUGGACUCAACGCUGCUCAACAAGGCUGUAAGUCGACGUUGGCUCCACGGCACAUAUUCGACCUCGAAUCUUCGAAACGGCGUCGGCCGCCCGUGGGAAGUCUACCACUCUAGCUCCACGGCCAUAUCUCCCGUGCUCGAUGCUCUCACAAAGAGCGGCACCAUCGGACAAUACGCCAGCUAUUUCGGUCUUGUUCCGGAGCUUGAGGCUGGGUUUGCUAUCCUGGCGCACGACGGUACCGUUGCGGAUCGGAAACUCGAUCUCAAUGUGCACGCCGACAUUGUUAGUGAAGCCUUGGGAUAUUUCCUCAAGGCGGCUGCCCAAGAGACAGUUGCGCGGUACGGUGGCUCAUACGGGGCGAAGGAUGGCAACGGCGUAUUUGGGCAUUUUAAUAUUACAGGCAACGGAUAUGGGUUGGAAGUUCAGGAGCUUCGAAAUCAGAAUGGUGCGGAUCUCAGAAAGGAGUACGCAAACGUUCUGGAGAUUGAAGAGGCAGACUUGGACUUCCGGCUGUACCCCACGAAUGUGCAAGACAAGUCUCGACAUCAGUUUGUGGCUGUGUACCAAGACAAGAGUGCGCCCAUUGAUAUGGGUACGCCGACAUGUAUUACUUGGCAAGAGGUCGGCGCGGUGUCUGGUGUUGCACAUCGGUUCUGGUUCGAGUUGAAUGACAGCGGUGCUGCCACUCGGGUUCUGGUUGAUCAGGGAGACGUCGUGUUGGAAAGAAGCGGAUAA